CUUAAAAGGAUUUUAAUGUAUCCAAUGUUUGUUUUAAAAUAAAUAUCUGUUAGGGUUCAUAUUAUUAUGCCAAAAGAAGACGAAAAUGAUAUUUUGUAUAUCAAUUUACCAAUACAAAUAGUUUCUGGCACAAAUGGCAAUGACAUCGGUUAUCAUAACAUAUUGCUCAAAAAAUUACCUGAUGGUAAUUAUGUUGUUGAACCCAAUCAGAUAAUUUUGCAAGAUGAGGAUAAUUUGCAAAGAAAUGAGAGUUAUAUGUUUAGCAGCGAUGUGGAACACCCCCAAGCAAAAGAUGUACCAAAAAAUAUUGGGCUCACUAUUUCUAAAAACAGUAAUAAGACACAGAAAAGUUUUGAACAAGAAACAUGCAAUGAAAUAUGUCAAAUUCCUGAGUGAACUUAAUGGAUUUGUCUCAGAGGAAAAUACUUUAUUGCCGGAGAAUCACAAUACCUUUAAAGUACAUAAGGUAGUAGAAGAAACACCUUUAGAGAAUAAAUAUCAAAAUAACAAACAAAUUCUACAAAAAGGACCAGGAAGACCAAGAAAAGAUGGCACUGUAAGACCGCGCAUUGAACGAUUGGGUCCAUUUCAGUGCUCCUUUUGUGAUAAAGAAUAUGAUCUAUAUGCAGAAUUACGCAAGCAUGAAAAACAGCAUAUAAAAGAAAAAACGUAUCAAUGUUCCAAGUGCAAUGCCUCAUUUAAUUUAAUGUGUAACUACAGGCUGCAUAUGGCAACUCAUGAGACAGAAUUGCAUUCCUGUCCAGAGUGUCAAAAGAUAUUCAGUAGACAAGCAAGCCUUCGAGCUCAUCUCAUGCUACACUGUGUAGAUGACAAUAUACUUUGCGUUAACUGUGGUGUUUCUGUUGAAACUCAGGCUUUGCUUGAGCAACAUAAAAAAGCAUGUGUUGAAGAAAAAUCUUAUCCAGGGAAAGAAAAUUUAUUAAGUCUUAAUUCAGAAAACACUGGUGGUAAAAAGACCAAUCAUGGAAAACUAAAGCAUGGGAAAAAAUUAAAUUGUAGCAUUUGCAAAAAGUAUUUUAAAAAACCAAGUCAAUUAGAAAGGCACUUUCGGUGUCACACUGGUGAAAAACCAUAUAAGUGCCAUAUAUGCAAUAGAGGCUUUUCUCAAAAAGGAUCAUUGAUUAUACACAGAGUCAAACAUACAGGUGCUAAACCGUAUUCCUGUACUUCUUGUCCAGCAAAAUUUGCUCAAAAAGGCAACCUUGUAGCGCAUCGAAAACGCGUGCACCCAGUCAAUAUAGAAAGUGUUAAAAUAGGUACUCCAAAGAAAGUUUUCUCAUGUCAGAAAUGUUCUUGUGUAUUUAAAAGAUUGGGAAGUUUGAAUUCUCAUAUGAACAAACUACAUUCACCUGCAAACAUAUCGACGACAGAAAAUAGUCCAAUGAAUAACAUUAAACUUGUUAUGAAUCAAUUGUCAGAGCUGCAAAAUAUGACAUCUAAUAUAGAUGUUUUACAACAGGCAGUCAACAAUAGUGGCCUCGAGAAAAAGUAUUGUGCUCCGACCUUAACGUCGCCGAAAGAGGAGCCAGGAAACCAUACUGUGAAUAACAUUACAGUAUUUGACAAUCUGCAUGGUGAUAAAUUGCGUUGUUAUGUUGUCAAGCAACGAAAGAUUGGUGGCAUCAAAUGGCGGCAGUGUAACUACUGUACUAGAGAAUUCAGAAAACCUUCUGAUCUGAUUAGGCACUUGAGGAUACAUACUAAGGAAAAACCAUUUAAGUGUCCUCAGUGCUAUCGUAGAUUUACUGUAAAAUCAACACUAACAGCCCACCUUAAGACCCAUACUGGAUUGAAGACUUUUGUGUGUCCUAUAUGCCAGAAACUUUUUUCAUCAUCAUCAAGUUUAAAAGUACACACGAGGUUACAUACCGGAACGAAGCCUUUUAUAUGUCGUGAAUGCGACAGGUCAUUUCGUACAUCGAGCCAACUCCAAACACAUUUCGCUACAAAUUGCACGAGCGAUAAUAAUCCGAAAAUAUGUGAUCAGCAGAUUGUUGAACAGACUUCAGAAAUCGAAGAGGCUAAAUUCAAUGAUAUCAGUUCCAGUGAACACUAUUAUAUUUGUACAACUUGUGGCAGGAGCUUUCAUGAUGAAAACAUUCUAAAUGAUCAUCUGUUGACGCAUACGUCAUUAGAUACUUUCAAAUGUUUGGUUAGUAAUUGUUCAAUGUAUUUCAAUACUGCGUCUGCUUUAAAAAUACAUAUGGAGAAACAUAAUGAGGUUAAAUAUUACAUUUGUCCAUCAUGUCCAAAAACCUUCAAAACGAAAGUUAAUUGCCGCGAACAUAGGGAGCUGCAUAAGGAAAAUGAAAAUCUUGAACAAUAUACAAUCGCAACAAAUACAAAAUUACAAAAAAAUUGUGAAUCGAUACAAAGUCAACCCACAGCUUUCACACAUUUUUUGAUUACUUCAAAUGAUAAUAUAAUUACCACUAAACAAGAAAAAUGUGUUGAAAAUAUGAAAGAGGACAAUUGCACUAAUGAAGAUAUAAAACAGAAUUUUAAUUCAGCUCUAUUAGACCAUGUGUUGCCGAUAAGCAAUUGUAUAAUGCUGCCAAAAGAUUUAAAUAUUAUUACUAAAAGUGAUCAUUAUUCUGGGGAAAGAGUUGUUAUUGAUAAUACUUCAGCAAACUUAUUUCAAGUUUCUGGAAUUUUGCAAUCUACAGAAGGCACAAAUAUGCAAAAUGUAGUAUCAGUCAAAAGUGAUCCUAAUAUUAGUUUAAAUGAUUAUUCAAAUGAGGAUACUAGUAUACCACUGUUCACAUCCAACAAUCAAUCAACUUUGUUGGUCACCACAAAAUCUUUAAAUGAUCAACCUGUUAAUGCACUGAGUAAUAUGAAUGCUAAUGCUCAAGAGAAUGUGGCCUCAUAUUUAAUCAGUAAUUUACAAUAUUCAAACCAGAAUUCUACCAACAACGAUGAAGAAACUGAGCAAAAUGCUUCACUCUGCAAAUACUUUAAUGAAAAUUCAGUUAAAUCACCUGUUAGUGUUAUCACAAAUAAUAUAUUACUAAAAAACCUGAUGGUAAAUUUCCAAAAUCAAUUUGAUAUUUUAUGUCUUGAUGAUCAAGGGAGCUCAUUAGAUAUUUUGGGAGAAGAAAACUGCAUUCAGGACGAACAAAAUUAUAUUUCAGAACAACAAGAUCAACUGAUUCUAUCGCCAGCAUCACCUUCAUUCACACACUCUUGUGUUGAUGAUGUUCAACCAGUUGAUUUUAGUUGUGGCAACAGAGAAUCUAGUGAGCAAGUGGAAUGCCAAAAUGAUCAAAUUGAUGAAUUUGGUGAAAAUGUUCAAUGUACCGAAAAUGUUCUACAAGAAACAUCCGAAAAUGACAUGGGCAGAGGAAGAAACAUGGAGCCUCAAUUUGAAAUGAAAUAUGUGCCUGAUAUUGAAGACAAUUAUAGCACAAACUCAUUAAGAACAUUUUCACCAAAUGUCAAUGAAAAUCAAUUAGAUGAAACAGGUACAGAUUCAGAUAAAUAUAUAAGAUGCAAAACUAAAAAUCUUAGUGCAUCAGAGCAAGCAUUUCUAGACUACAUUAACAAUCAGCACAAAGUAAUGACAUUGAAUAACACGGCACAGCAUCCAAAUAAAUGUUCUUAUUGUGUGAAAUCAUUUAAAAAACCAUCAGAUUUGAUCAGACAUAUCCGUGUGCAUACAGGUGAAAAACCGUACCCAUGCAAUGUAUGUCAUAAGAAAUUUUCACUAAAAACAUCUUUGGAUUGUCAUAUGACUACCCACAAUAAGUCAAAUAAAACAGUAGUUUGCAGUGUCUGUAAUAGUUCAUUUAGCACCAAAGGAAGUCUGAAGGUGCAUAUGCGAUUGCAUACGGGUUCUCGACCAUUCGAAUGCCCUUUAUGCAAAAUGACAUUUAGAACUUCUGGACAUAAACGAGCUCAUCUUCUAGUUCAUUACAGAGGAGCCACCAGAGAAGGCAAAAAUCCUAAAGAUAUAAUUACUAAAGGGAAUAAGGUAUUGAAUAUUAUGGGACCACUUACAAGUAACAUCAGCAAUUAUUCUCAAACAAUUGAGAAUGCGCAAAUUAGUGAUCAUGAAGCUGUUAGUGGCCUCAACUUUGGCGAAAAUGCUGAAUAUUUAUGUAAAAAUUUGGAUGUACAGUUGCUUCAAGGCUCUUUUGAAAAAUCAGUUUCCACAAAAGAUUCUGUCUUAAAAUUCAAUACAAUAAGUGAGCAAAUAUUGGCAGAUACAACAUCGCCAAAGAAACAGAUUCAGAAGAAGUUACAUAUGCAGCAAUGUGAUAUCUGUGAUAAAACUUUUAAGAAGCCUUCACAAUUAAUGAGGCAUAAGUUGAUUCAUACUGGGGAACGGCCUUUCCAGUGCAACGUGUGCUCUAAAACAUUCAAUCAAAAAAAUGGAUUGGAUACUCACAUGAGACAUCAUACUGGUCUUCGUCCUCAUGAUUGUCCUUACUGUUCCAAAAGCUUCUCUCAGAAGGGUAAUUUAAAAACUCACAUUAUCAG